UUGGCUUUAGUUGUUUAUUUAUUUGGAGUGGUUUCUUUUUUAAUUUAAUAAAAAUUUUAAAUUAUUUUGUCAAUUGAAAGGAGAUCAAAUAAUCUAAUUAAGUGCAACUACAUACGUACAUUAUGGCACCUAUUCCGAUACAAUCGUUGUAUAGUUUUCAAGCGGUAUCCGAUAUCAGAGAUUACAGCCCCACUGUGCUUGAUGGUAAUUGGAAUGAACUCAGGUAUCGUCAGGCUGUGAACCCACAUGCUGUAGUUCCCUGUGUCUUAGCACAGCGUGAGUGCAAAAAGAAGACAACUACUUUUCAUGAUAGUUAUCCAUAUCACGGUAAGAAUGACCAGAUAACAGAUGAUUUUCUUAACAUCAAAUGUACGAGUUUUAAACGAAAAGAAGCAGCGGCUACUUCUAGAGGUGUUAUGCGACUUCUUGAUGAAUUCCAAGAGAACUUGACAUCCAUGAAUGAUAUUCUAUUUAAACUCGUACCAAAAUUACCAGAACCAGUAUUUGAAGAUGGCAUACCUAGGGCGCGUAAAAUUGAUACUCUCCAGUGUUAUGGAAAUCAAACCAAUUUCGGUUUGCGUGAGUGGAUCAAGUGUAAAGUUCUUAAGGAGGCCUUCAGAACUUUUCAUCUCUCAGAGUAUAAGCAAAGUUAUGUCAAUCCAAAAACAAUUAAAAUAAUACCGUUUACCAGAAUAUAAGCAUCAUUCAUUUGUGAAAAAUCUUUAAGUUGGUGCAACCAUAAGAUCAUAGUUGGAAUUGAAAAAUUAAGUAAAUUUAAAAGAAUGAAGUAAAGUUAAUUAUGAAAUGAAAUUCGUGAUUUGUAUAUAUCUUUGUGAUCUUUUACAUACAUGAGUAGUU